UUGCUGAAAUUUCGGACUUAGUCUGUUACACAACGCGAGUUUCUCCAUUUCUGCCGCAGAUGUGCGCCGGCGUUUUACUUUCAUACGGUUUUAAACUUGUUUUCAGUAAACAAUAGUAGUGGAAAUGACCGGUGACCAUUCCCACAACGAUUCUCAGAUUAACUCUGGAUCCAAAUAUGGUGAUUCUCACAAACACAAAGAUAAAUAUAAGGAAAGAGAACACAAACACAAGGACCACAAGAAAGAUAAAGAACGUGAGAAAUCAAAGUACAGCAACAGUGAGCACAAGGACUCCUCAGAUAAAAAACACAGAGAGAAAGAGAAGCACAAAGAUGGAUCCUCAGACAAGCAAAAGGACAAAUAUAAAGAGAAGAGGAAGGAGGAGAGGGCUUUUGACGGGGCGUUGAUUAGAGGGAGAGAGAAUGGCUUUGCUAGUCCACCUCACAUAAAGUCUGAGCCAGAAAAUGAAGAAUUAUACCACUCACCCAAACACAAGAAGUCUCUGAAAAGAGAGCACGAUGAUGAUGAUGAGUUCAAGCCCAAAAAAAUCAAAACUGAGAAUGAUAAAGGUGAGAAGAAGGUCAAGAAAAGGAGACAGGAGGAAGAGGACAUAAAACCCAAAAAGAAGACUAAAGACAAGAAAGGGGAAGUGAGAGCAGAUGGCAAAAAGAAAGCAAAGAAGGAGCCAGAGGAGAAAUGGAAAUGGUGGGAAGAGGAGAGGUAUACAGAUGGAGUGAAAUGGAAGUUUUUGGAACAUAAAGGACCUGUGUUUGCUCCACCAUAUGAGCCUCUUCCCAGCAACGUCAAGUUCUAUUAUGAUGGAAGACCCAUGAAACUUAGCCUAGAGGCAGAAGAAGUUGCAACCUUCUUUGCUAAAAUGUUGGACCAUGAAUACACUACCAAGGAUGUAUUCCGGAAAAACUUCUUCAAAGACUGGAGGAAGGAAAUGACUUCAGAAGAGAAGGCAAAGAUCACAGACUUGAACAAGUGUGACUUUAGUGAGAUGAAUGAAUAUUUUAAAGCUCAGUCAGAGGCCAGGAAAGCCAUGACUAAACAAGAGAAACAGAAAAUCAAAGAGGAAAAUGAGCGUCUCUUGCUAGAGUAUGGCUAUUGUGUAAUGGACAAUCACCGUGAGAGAAUCGCCAACUUUCGUAUUGAGCCCCCUGGCCUGUUCCGUGGCCGAGGAGAUCAUCCAAAAAUGGGCAUGUUAAAACGUCGUAUACGGCCAGAGGACAUCAUCGUCAAUUGCAGCAAGGACUCUGAGCAUCCUAAACCUCCUCCAGGGACCAAGUGGAAAGAGGUGCGACACGACAAUAAGGUGACAUGGCUGGUUUCCUGGACUGAGAACAUCCAGGGUGCCAUCAAGUACAUCAUGCUGAACCCCAGCUCCAGGAUCAAGGGAGAGAAGGACUGGCAGAAAUAUGAGACAGCUCGGCGGCUAAAGAAGUGUGUGGACAGUCUGCGGGCACAGUACAGAGAGGACUGGAAGUCUAAGGAAAUGAGGAUCAGGCAGAGAGCUGUGGCCCUUUACUUCAUCGACAAGCUGGCUCUGAGAGCAGGAAACGAGAAAGAAGAAGGAGAAACAGCAGAUACAGUGGGCUGCUGCUCGCUGAGAGUGGAGCAUCUCAAUCUGUACCCAGAGAAAGAUGGCCAAGAAUAUGUGGUGGAAUUUGACUUUCUGGGAAAAGAUUCAAUCCGCUAUUACAAUAAAGUCCCUGUGGAGAAGAGGGUUUUCAAGAACCUGCAACUCUUCAUGGAGAACAAGCAGCCGGAGGAUGACCUGUUUGACCGCCUAAAUACCACCAUUCUCAACAAGCAUCUUCAGGAGUUGAUGGAUGGCUUGACUGCUAAAGUGUUCCGUACCUACAACGCGUCGAUUACACUACAGCAACAACUGAAAGAGCUAACCAGUGCGGAAGAAAAUGUCUCUGCCAAGAUCCUCUCUUACAACCGGGCCAACAGAGCCGUAGCCAUCCUGUGUAACCACCAGAGGGCGCCUCCCAAGACUUUUGAGAAGUCCAUGCAGAACCUACAAACUAAGAUUGAUGCCAAGAAGGAGCAGCUUGCUGAUGCUAAAAGAGAACUGAAGAGUGCUAAGGCUGAUGCCAAAGUACGCAGAGAUGAGAAAUCCAAGAAAGCUGUAGAGACAAAGAAGAAAGCAGUGCAGAGGAUAGAGGAGCAGCUGAUGAAGCUGGAGGUGCAGGCCACAGACCGUGAAGAGAAUAAACAGAUUGCUCUCGGCACCUCCAAACUAAACUACCUGGACCCGCGCAUCUCUGUAGCCUGGUGCAAGAAGUGGGGUAUCCCUGUUGAGAAAAUCUACAACAAAACUCAGCGUGAGAAGUUUGCAUGGGCAAUUGACAUGGCUGAUGAAGACUUUGAAUUUUAAGUUGCUCAUGUUUUUUAAAUCCUCUACCCCCUUUUUUUUCUUUUCUGUGUAAAGUAAUUCUAGUAUAUGAUUCAGUAGGUGAAAACCUCAAGGGAAUUGAUGUUGAGCAAAAGACUUGAUCAGAUGGAUCCGGAUGAAGAUUGUCCAGAACUUUUUUGCUGAAUCAUAUAUUUUUAUUUUUUAUUUUUUUGUGCAAGGGAUGGCUGUUAGUGGCUCAAUUUGACCACAUUUUCCACUGGUUUUCUUCUCACAACUGCACGUGGAUAUCUUAACUUAUGAAGUAUGUGGUUUCUUAGAGCUACUGUGUUCAACAGCCAGUUGCUUGUGCAUCUUUUUUUUUUUUUGGUCUAUUUUAGACUCCUUUUAUUAAUAUGUAUUUUAAGAAAGGAAAAAAAAUUAAGUACACCCAUGGGCCUUUUUAUGAGAAGAAUAUGUACUUACUGUGAGUGUAGAAUUGACAAUGAAAUGCUGUGUGAUUGAACGUGGAAAAUGUUUUUACUUUUUUCUUUUUUUUUUUUUUUUUUUAAAUAAACUGGACUUGGAUCUGUAAGUGGAGAGCAUCCAUACCACAGUGUAGGAGAGUUGGAAGAUCCAGUACAAUAUUCCUUAAGCAAAGCAGGAAGUGUGUGUGUGUGUGUGUGUGUGUGUGUGUGUGUGUGUGUGUGUGUGUCUGUAAAUGGUGUUUUUUUUUUUUUUUUUUGUUUUUUUUUUUUGUUAUAAAUGCUUCUAUCAGGGACAUGUCAGUGUAAAUGUGAACUUUUUUUUUUUUCUUUUGCAUUUCCAAUAUCCUGCAACUUUCUUCAGUGAGGAAAAAACUCCUUUAUCUGUUACUUGAAGAUCACUAAUAUGUAUGGUUUUGAGGUGAUGCGAAAUUAGGCGAAUUUUUUUUUUCCUUCUGAAAAGGUAUGUGAGGGAUAUCAACUUUGCCAAAAAUAAGAGAGAAAAAUAGAAAAGGAAAAUAAAAAUCAAUAACCAUUUGUUAUGAUUGUAGGCAGUUCUAUUUUUUAACUAUGUAAAGACAAAGGACAAAUAUUUUAACAUGGGUUUUAAUGUGAAUUCUAUUAAUGCAAUUGCUCUCUGUACCAUCAUGGUUUUGGAGACGUAAAAAUGAAAGCAUCCAUGUAAAUUCACGUCAUGGCCAUUUUGUUUUCGCUUCUCAUUGUAGGUUAUUUAAGAAUAAAAAACCCUACAAUAUA